UCAGGUGGUGUGAUGAAACCUUGGUGUUUGUUCGGCUGUGGUGAACUGGAGGGAGGAGGCAGGAGGGAGAGGAGCUGAUCUGUCUUCCAGUAAGGGCAUGUUAAAGGCAGGAAUUUACAAGGAGUGCUCACUCAACGACCCACCAGGCUGAGAUUUGGAGUGUGGAUUAAAUGUUAUGUUAUGGAGGUUGCAGACAUCACAAUGACCCUUGUGGAUGAUGUGGAAGCUGCAGCGAGCACAGCUCAUGCGGCUACCUCGGCGCACUGUGAAGAUGCAGACAGAGCAAAUUUUGCAAGGAAUGAAGAGACAGCAAACAGCAACCUGAACCCUACGGACAGCGCCAACGUGACAGAACCUGCUGGAGAUGAGGAUGGGGACAGAAAGAGUUUAACCACUGCAGACAGUGUGGAUAAUACGAGGGAUGAGAGUGCUGACAGUAUCUGCACUGAGGACAGUGCAGACUGUGCCAAUCUCACAAAGAGUGGCAGCAUGGAAAUCAGUGACAACAUAGACUGCGCGGAUAAAAGUUCCAAGGGCGGCAGUAAUGACAGUGAGAGUGACUGUGACAGCACCGGUGAGAGUACUUACCUGGAGGCCAUGACACCCGCCGGGCAGGACUACUACCUGAGGCUGGGUGACACCCCUCGACGGCGCUCUGCCCUGCGCCUCUCGCGCAUCAUUGCCCGCCAGCAGCUUCUGCGAAGGUUGGCACAAGAGAUUGAGGCUAAGGAGGCUUGUGACUGGCUUCGAGCAGCGGGAUUUCCACAGUACGCCCAGCUGUAUGAAGAUUCCCAGUUUCCAGUUGAUAUUUCAUCAGUAAAGAGGGACCACGACUUUUUGGACCGGGAUCUGGUGGAGCCUCUGUGUCGGCGUCUAAAUACACUAAACAAGUGCGCCUCCAUGAAACUGGAUGUCACUCAUCCCAAGAAGAAAGGUGAUGACUCUGAUGAAGAUGAUCCUCUGGCUAUCAGUAAAAGGUGGACAUUCGAGUGGAGCAGCCGACGUUGGUCUCGCCUACAAGACUUUCUGUCCGACAGCACCAAUGAAAGCAGCCCGACGGGUCAGGGGGAGGGUCUGCACAGCACAGUGAGCAGCGAGAGCGUGCUGACGGACUUGAGCGAGCAGGAGAUCACGGAAAUCUCCUCGCUACACAGUGAGGACUCCGCCUCUGCGAUGCCUGACUCUAUAUCCAUGGCCUCCCUCUCUGCUUCCUAUCAACCGCCACGGGAGCUUCCACACUACAACUCCCUGCCUAUCAAAAGUAGUCGCCAUGGGCAAGGAAGGCGGAGUAAAGCCAAGGAGUUUUUGCGUCGAAUGGAAAUAAUGCGUACUUGGGGGCCAUCAACGAGGCGGAAGGGCUCAAACCGCAGGCCGCCACUGGUCAUCAGUGGGCCGGUGUUACAGGGUGAGGAACCUCAGGCGCUGCAGAUGCUCCAGUGCACGCCCAUCAACCAAUUAGAACAGAGCCCUAAACACAACCACCAAACUGACGGUGACACCUCUCCUGUCUCACUUAGCAAGGAUUGUAAAGACCAGGUCACAAUGAGUGUGAGCCCCAGCAAUGAGACUGUAGAGCUUAGUGUGAAGGAGCCUGUGUAUACAAAGCCCCGCACUGCCAACAAGAGAAGCAGCAUGUAUCUGGAAGAUAUGGUGUUGCCUUCUCAGGGUAAAAGGACCGAAGGUCAGAGCCAGUUUGGCAGAAACCAGUUUCACUCAUAUGAAAACCUCCUCAUUCACAUCCCAAAAGACCAUAAACCAGGCACCUUUCCAAAAGCCCUGUCCAUAGAAAGCCUGGCGCCUUCCCCUGGUGACAGAAACAAUGACUCCCAGGUACAUGCCCAAACGUCCCCCACUGACAAUGGCCUGGGUGAACCCUGGUCUAGUAAACCUUUGUGUAAACCCUGUCCUGAAGCUCCACGGGGCAGCAGGGUAAGUGUUUAUGACAAUGUGCCAGGCUCCCAUUUGUAUGCCAGCACAGGAGACCUGCUGGACUUAGAGAAAGAGGACAAUCUGUUCCCUCACCUGGAUGACAUUAUCCAGCAUGUAAGCGGUUUGCAGCAAAUAGUGAACCACUGGAGCCGUAGCGUGCUGCCUGAGGGGGAGACAGGGGAGGGGGAGGAGGAAGGGGAGGGCAGGACCACUCCCAGUGAAGGCGAGAGAGACGGGGUCUCCUUAAAUGACACCGAUUCAACAGGGACCAGUCGGGAGAGGCGAGACUCCGGAGUUGGGGCCUCCCUCACAAGACCACGUCUACGAUGGCCCAGUCUGAGAACUUCAGAUCAUCUCAACCAGCCUGCAUCUUCUCUGCAGAUCAGCAGCCAAUCAGCGGGCCAGCUCAGCCUGCUGCAAAAGUUUUCCUUGCUCCGUCUCACCGCCAUCAUGGAGAAAUAUUCAAUGUCCAACAAACACGGCUGGACAUGGUCUGUGCCAAAGUUUAUGAAGCGCAUGAAGGUGCCAGACUACAAAGAGAAGAGUGUAUUCGGAGUUCCCCUCAUUGUCCAUGUCCAGCGAUGUGGUUUUCCACUCCCCCUGUGUUUACAGCAGGCCCUCAGCCACCUCAGAAUACAUUGUCUGGACCAGGUUGGAUUGUUCCGGAAGUCCGGCGUGAAGUCUCGGAUUCAGGCGUUGAGGCAGCAGUGUGAGUUGUCUCCUGACUGCGUGAGCUAUGAUGACCAGUCAGCAUACGAUGUGGCUGACAUGGUCAAACAGUUCUUCAGAGACCUGCCUGAACCUCUCCUAACAAGCAAGCUAGGGGAAACCUUCCUGCAUAUUUACCAGUAUGUCCCAAAGGAGCAGAGACUGCAGGCCGUUCGAGCGGCCAUCUUGUUAAUGCCAGAUGAAAACAGGGAGGUUCUGCAGACGCUGCUCUACUUUCUGCGUGACGUUACGUCAAUGGUGGAGGAGAACCAGAUGACGCCGAUGAACCUGGCUGUUUGUCUGGGGCCGUCGCUCUUCCACCUCAGCAUACUGAAGAGCGAGACCUUAUCACCGAGGUCAAUUCAGAGGAAGUACACUACAGGCCAACCCGAUCAGAAAGACCUCAGUGAGAAUCUGGCUGCCACUCAGGGCCUGGCACACAUGAUCACUGAGUGCCAACGUCUCUUUCAGAUCCCAGAGGAAAUGGUGACCCAGUCCCGCAACUCCUACAUGGAAGCUGAACUGAUGGUGCCCCCACUGGACGAGCUUUGCAAGGCUCACGAGGAGGAAGUGGAUGUAGAUGAGGAAGAAGAGGAUGAGGAAGGAUCCUAUCAUGCACACCUAGAAAGGCUGAUCCAGAACCUGCUGAAAGAGGCCAAAGAUAGGAGCAAAGGCUGGGUGUCUCGCCCAACUAAUGACCAUACAGAACUGUCAUUUAAAAAGGUGGGAGAUGGUAACCCUCUAAGGCGGUGGCGAGUGUGUCUCGAGGUGUCGGCAACUCCCACUGAGGUGUUGCAUCGGCUGCUGAGAGAACGCCCGCUGUGGCAGACUGACCUUCAGGAGGAGAAGAUUCUGGAGACUCUGGAUAAACAGACGGAUGUGUACCUGUACUCCUGCUGCAACAUGCCACCUCAACCCACCUGUGAAUAUGUGGUACUGAGAUCAUGGCGCGCAGACCUCUGCAAAGGCUCCUCUGCGCUUGUUUGUGUCUCUGUCGAUCAUGAAGACAGCCCACCGACAGGAUCAGUGAGGGGGGUCGUGCUGGAGUCGCAGUACCUCCUAGAGCCCUGUGGGACGGGGAGGACCAGACUCACGCAUGUCUCCAGAGUGGACCUCAGGGGAAGGUCUCCAGAAUGGUACAACAAGGCAUUUGGCCACCUAUGUGUUAAUGAAGCCCAGAGGAUCCGCUCCUCUUUUCUUCCCUCAGAUCAGACAAGCCCUGAGGCCAAGAUCUGAACCCCAGAAAUUAAGCUUUGUCUUGGGUCACCCUGCCAGAGCAGCUGAGCCUGAGAACCAGUGACCCAGGAGGAUAAUCAUCCAGGCAGUGGAUUUUAGCCUUUUCAUGGUGCUGAUCCAUAGGAAACGUUGCUGUACCAUACUGUACUUCACACACACACUGAGGGAAAGAAUAUUUUUUGUCAUUUAUCAGGUCUUUAAACAACAUAUCAAUACUUAUUUUUAUCAUAAAUGAUGACUUUUCCAAGCCAUUUUUUUAAUCACAGAUCCAAUUUUUGUUUCCAGUUCCAUUAAAGUAAUUUAGUAAUUUGACAGUUUUUGAAUGCCUGUUGAUGUUUCAUAUAAGUGUCUUGUAUCCAUGUAAUUACUGGAAGUACAACAAGGUUUUCUUGUUAUAUGUUGCUCUGAUUUAAUCUUCCAGCUCCUUAAAUGGCGAGGUAAGAAAGCCAGCACCAGCAGGUAUGAUCAUGAGGAUGCUGCUAUAGUGGAUCAGUUAGUGUUUAAUAUGCAGUACCUUCAUAUGAUCACUUUCAUGGUUAUUGCAAUAGAGUACCUAAUGUAAAUGUACACAGAAAUUGAAUUACUUGUAAAGUCCAACAGAGUUUUAUCCACAUACAUGACAAAUUUGAUUGAAGCAUUUCACAUUUUGCAUUAAGGAAAUUUAAUUCAAACAAAAAGAUAAUACCACCCAUGUCCUGAUUCCAUUGCAGUAUAUUUUAGAAAAACAGUCAGACAGCAUUGAUGGUAUUUGAUGAUCUUCAAUUCUAAACCAGUAAACUAGUAAUAAACUACUGCAAACCUCCAUGAUAUGCAGGUUUGCUUCUUUUGCAAACCUCUUUAGACUUACGUGUUCACGUUAAUACACAAAAAACUAUUACAGAUACUGUAAAAAUGCAAAGAAAACAUCUGUGCUCUAAAAAUACCAAGAACAGUACCAUAUGGUUAUGUAUAUGUCAGCACUGUGUUGUGAAAAGUGCACUAGAUUCAGGUAAAAUGACUUCACAAGGGAUCUGAAUUACAUAAAGGGAAAAGACUCAUCGGGUCCAUAAAUGUGCUCAGCAUAAAUAUUGUGGAGAUUACUGUUAUUUUAGUUCUCUGUCACUGUUUUCAGUGUUAUCUAAAUGAAACACCAUUUUAAAGUUAUUACAAUUACGUUUCUAUAUAUGGUGUCACUGUUGCUUUUUUUUCCUUUUUCUUUUUGCUCUCAUAUUAUACAAUGUCUAAGACAUGUGACCAUUGCUCUGCUUCUGGGAAGCAUGUUUGAACUGUUGCGUGUAUGCGAGUGUGCACGGUGGUGCCAGUGUAUCUGUAUUCUGAAUAUAUGUGCAGCCUGUAUUGUAAAUAUCUGCAAUGCUUUCUGUGCCAGCAGAUCAAACACCGUAGUUUUGCAGGGUCUUCCUAUCAUAUUGAUAUGCUGAAAUGUGAACGUUCCAUACAUUAUCCUACUAAAGCAAUAGCAGAUUAAAGCUUGCUCUGCCACAGACGGCACCUUCUUGGCUCUUAGUGUUUCAGCUGUAGGCGGCGCUGCUACAGUGUUACUAUGAUAGGCUAAAAUAUUUUUACAGUGCCGCCAUAAUCCUGUGUGGAUGCUUCUUGCUCGGGAACAGUGUGAUGUGCGUGCGUGUGUAAAUAUGUGUGCAUGUGAGCGAUACUAAGACGGACAAUGAGUGAGAGUCUUUGACGUGAAGCCUCAUCUGUGUGUGAUGAGGCUCCAAACCUAGCUGGGUAGAGAGGCCUGGUUGAUUUAUGCUUGACUAUUUCUGAUAAAAUGACAGAAAACAGAAUCAUUGUUACAGAAUAUGAGAAUAAAAA